AAGUAACUGUUUAGCGCAGAGAUUUGGUGCUAAAACCUCUCUGAGCUGGACAAAGCCGUCAUUACAUUACCGACUGGGCGACUGAGAAGGAUCUGCGCUCUCUCUCUUCCUUUCUCUCUCUUCGGUUUCAGCUGUGCUUAGUUGAUCUGUCUCUUCUCUUCAAUUCAAGUCUCCAACUGUUUGCUCAGUACUGAAGUUCCAGUGUAGAGUGGAGAUGGCGAGUCGGUUGAAAGAAGAUGAGAAAAACGAGCGCGUGAUUCGAGGUCUUCUCAAGCUUCAACCCAAUCGCAGAUGCAUUAACUGCAACAGUCUGGGACCACAAUAUGUGUGCACAAAUUUCUGGACGUUUGUUUGCACAAACUGCAGUGGAAUACACCGAGAAUUCACACAUAGAGUAAAAUCAGUUUCAAUGGCUAAAUUUACUUCACAAGAAGUUAGUGCACUUCAAGAAGGAGGAAAUCAGCGUGCAAAAGAAAUUUAUUUUAAAGAAUGGGACGCACAACGUCAUUCUGUCCCUGAUGGCAGUAAUGUUGACAGACUCCGAGACUUUAUUAAGCAUGUUUAUGUGGAUAGAAGAUUCACUGGAGAGAAGACUUAUGACAAACCACCUAGAGUCAAAUCGGGUGACAAAGAUGAUUUCUAUCAAGGAGGAUCCAAAAGCCCUCCAUAUGAAGAUGCAUAUGAACGUCGUUAUAGUGACAGGUCUAGUCCAGGUGGGAGAAGUCCUGGAUAUGAUCAAGAAAGUAGGCAAUAUGGUGAUUAUAAGAGAAGUCCUGGUCGUCCUCCAAUAAUUAAUGAUUGGCGUCGUGAAGAUCGUAGAACAUUGGAUGGAGAUUUUAAGGUGGAAAACCAAUCUCCUGAGCGAGUCAAAGAUAUGGGUUCUUCAAGCCCACCUAUGGUUCGACCUGUUAGAGAGAUUUUGGGAGAAAAUGUAGUACCGCUUCGGAUAAGUGAACCCCCCAAACCAAACAGUGGAAGAGCUGUUGAUGGCUCAGCCCUGACACAGAGAACUGCAUCUUCAAGUAGCAUGGCAUCCAACAAUGAAAACCCAGUAGAAGUUAAACUUGAGACUACUAAGAGCCUUAUUGAUUUUGAUGCUGAUCCUGAGCUUCCAGUUGCUCCAUCAAUUCCGCAAGCCCAACAACAAACAACCGUGCCUCAACCUGCUGUGCAACCAGCAAAUACCAGUGAUCACAAUUGGGCUUCUUUUGAUGUUGCUCCUGAUGCAAAAGCAACUCCUAGCGCCUCAAAUCUAAAUCCACUUGAAUCAGUGCUGUCGCAGUUGUCUGUGCCAGCAUCUUUACCUACUCAUGUUUCUGGAGUCCAAGGAUCUAUUCCAGCUUCAUCUCUUACUUCUACUCCUGGAGCCACAAGUGUUAGCGGUUUCUCAGCUUUCCCACCCAAUGCUGCUUCAGUACCAUCACCUGGACUGACAUCAGUAUUACGUCCCAAUAAUGCAGGACAGUGGGCCAGUUUGCAGCAUCAGCAACCACUGUUCCCUGCUGCUGUUAACCAGUCUACUACACAACAAUUUACACCACCAGUAGUUGGUACUGCGAAUAAUCAGCCAUGGAAUGUACCUCCUGUGCCUGCAGUGCAAGGGCAUCCAAGCACACCAAUGCCCCCUACAUACCAUCAUGCCUCAAAGCCUGCCAAUGAGGCUAUAUCUACUGUUGUUUCACAACCGUCUGUGGAAGUAAAAGCAAGUGGAAGAAAAGAACUUCCCGAGGAUCUGUUCACUGUGAAAUAUUCUUCCUUCCCUGCUCCAGUUCCAGGUUGGCUAAUGGGUGUUCCCCAUGGCAUGGGUAUCUCACUGCAAUACAAUAAUAUGGUGCCUGUACCAAGUUUUCCACAGCCAUCAAAGUCAAUGAAUCCAUUUGAUGUCGGCAGUGAACCAACCCCAGAUCAAGCCCCAACUUUUCCUUCCAUGUCAUCCUUGCAUGGUGCCCUGCCUAGUGUACCACCUUCAGGUGCAAUGCACCCUGCAAACCUGGGUUAUCCUUCACAUGCCUGGACUGCCCCCCCAUCAUCAUUUCCAUCAGUUCUACCUGUGCAAGCACAAACUCAUCCAUUUACAUUGGGACCAAGGGCUUAUAUGGGGCAACAAAUGCAAUCUAACAUGCCAAUGCCAAGGCAAGAAGUUGGGAAUUUUGGUACCCAGGGAGCAGUUUUCGGCUUGUCAAAUCCAGAUCAGCAACUGACUGGUAGAUUAUCAUCUACUCCCACCUCUAACCCCUUCCCUCCACAGGGGAACCCAUUCGGAUAAUGUGAAGGGUUGUCCACCUCGACUUGUAAAGUCAAGCAUCAACUUGUUGCUCACAGUACAAAUUAUGUGUAAGUUUCGUCCUAUCGUUUGUCAGCGGAAGUGAUACACUUACGCAUAAUGAGAAAUUUGUGUUAACCGGGUCGAAGUCAAAUAUUUGCAUUUGGCCGUGUAAAUUGUUAUUGCUAUAGGAAAGGUGAAGACAAAAUCUACCUUCUGGGAAGAGGGUCGUUAAAUGACUGAGUUAAAGAGUGGAUGAAAGGAAAAAGAGAGGGGGGGGAGAGGAGGGGGUGGUGCAGAGAACUAUUCGAGGAGACAAUUUUCUCCUUUUUUUGGUGCACCCACGGGUUCAUUUGUAAUUGUAGUAUAGAUUGGGUGAUGAUGUAUGCUUAUUUGGUGCCCUCUACGUGUGUUAUUUCUUUCGUUUACCAUAUUGUAUGAUUUUGUAAUCUCAAUUUUGGUAAGGUCUUUCUUUUUUGUGGAU